GCCCAGUAAUCGACCAAAACGUGUGAAGGAAAACAAUAGCAAUCUAUUCUUUAGUGUUUAUAUGUUAAAAUGGCCUCUCGUGUGAAAAGAAGGUAUCAUCACAUUAAAUUUGACGAUGACGAAUUUGAAACACCGGCGUUUGAGUUUUUAAACGACAAGGAAAGAAACAAAUCUGGCGAAAUGAAACAUUCUGACGACGACAUUCAAUUAGAAGAUUCAGGGAAUGAGAGUUCAGAUGUUGGAUUAUCUGAUGAAGAUGAUGCCCCAGAGGAUGUCAGUUUUAAGACAGGGAAGCAGACAGCAUUACAACAGAUGAGGGAUGCCAUCAAGAACAUAAAUGCUGAGAAAAUUAAAACUAAAGAAAAGAGAAGGAAGAUAGACGAACAGUUUAAAGAACAAAAGAAAAGAAAGAUGGAAGAACUAAAGAAUGCAAGAUUACCUGAGGAUUUCCUGGAAGGAAUAGCAGAAAAGUUACCCAGUAGAACAAACAAGACUACUGAGAAAACCAAUUCUAAAUCUGAUAUUAUAGAGAGAACAAGUUUACAGGAAGAUGAGGAUGAAGGUAGUUUCGCUGAUACAGAAGAUGAUUUUGAUCAUAACCAAGACUUUAUACCUUUUGAAUCAAGCAGGUCUGAUGGAGUAGAGGUACAGCCCAUCAAAGAAUAUCAGAAGAAGACCACGUCAUUGGCCCUUACAGCUGCUGAGUUUAAAUACAGACAAUUGUAUGGCAGUAGAAUACACAGAGAAUCAAGCAAAUCAAAAAUGGCAAAAAGGGAGAAAAAGAAAGCAAAUAGAUGAUGUUGAAAAAGGAUAUAUAUAAACACGAAGAAAGAAGAAGCAGUACAGCUCCAAGACUGAUGACAACAGAGGGUACUGGAGUUUGACAUUGACACAAAUUCAGAUUUUCUCUCAUUUGCAUAAAUGCAAUUAUGAUUCUUAAGUUAAUGUUAAAAUGUAUAAUAUGAUAAACUUUGAAACCAUUCACCUGUAAAUAAUGAUAGUAUAAUUGUGAAUAAAUAAUGUUGUAAUA